AGAGUUCAGCCAAUGAAAUAAAGGUUGGCUGAGUAUAAGAUUGAAAACGUUUCCUUUCCGUUCUACACUCUGUCUACGCUUAAACUAGCCAUGGGGCUUUUACUCAGUCGGAUUUACAAUGCUUUGCAGAGUUUCUAUGGGAUAGAGGCUCGUAUUCUCCUUCUGGGUCUGGAUGCAGCUGGCAAAACAACUCUUCUCUAUAAGCUGAAGUUGAAUGAAACAAUUUCAACCAUCCCCACUGUGGGCUUCAAUGUGGAGACAGUGCAACCCUUCAACAACGUCACUUUCACCAUGUGGGAUGUUGGUGGACAACAGCGCAUCAGGGCCCUAUGGAAAUACUACCAUACCAACACAGAUGGAUUGAUCUUCAUGGUGGACAGCGUGGACUGUUAUCGUUUUGAAGAAGCCAGGUUGGAGUUGGAGGCAUUACUGGAUAGUGAAGAUUUGCGAGGGGUGCCUUUGGUGCUGCUAGCCAACAAACAAGAUUUACCUGGAGCAUGGCCUCCCACAGAAGUGGCAGAAAAGAUGGGACUGAGGAAAUUAUCAGGACACAAAUGGCAUGUUCAGGGUUGCUCUGCUCAGAGUGGAGAGGGGAUCCCUGAGGCUAUGGAGAAGUUAUCAGAGAUGGUCAAGAUGUAUCGCAAAGCUAGAGGGAACAUCUGAGUUCAAUACAUGAAGGCUUCAGUCUUUGAUGGAGAACACAAGGUAUUCUGCUUAACUCUUUCCUAUUUGCUGCAGAUAUUUGUAGAAGGCUGCUUGGAUCCUAUUCAUUCCUGCUUCUCUGUAUGGACCAUAUGAAAAAACAAUUUUCUAACAUUGGGACUGCUUUUUGAACAUAGAACAGGCUACAAAGCCCUAUUGGACUAGAUACAGACUUUUAAAAAAUGGAGUUUGCCGUCUUCAUCUUCGUACUAGACCAAGUUGAGAAUCCCAAGACUUGAAUAAAUCAGACCUCAAGUAUUAACAUUGGAUCUUUAGUUAUCAGAUGCCAGUUUUAUUUUGAAUCAGUAAUAUAUGUUAAUUCUUCUGCUGUAUUGCUGAUAAUUCUAGUUGUAUUAAGA